AUGAUAGGCACCGGAGGUUGUUACACCAAACUUAACUCCCAACCAUUGGAGAUGCUCUUACGCCGCAACUUCAAGCAAAAUCUGAGCAAGCUCUUUACACCAACCUCUCAGUAUGAUGAGUUUGAAAAGCAGCUUAAUUUCUUGAUGGCAACCAAGCUUCGUGAAGCCCCUGGGUCGGACCGUUACCUAGUCCCCGAUGUGAAGGCUGAAGAAGCAGCUAUGAAGAAGAUAUGGGAAGCAGUGGAUUUGAUAAAGGAGGAGAAAGGGAAAGCAAUUGCCACAGAUUACAUCAACAAGAAGCUUGCUUUCAAGGAGAAAGGCACCAAUCGUACCGAAGGAGCUCAUGCUGAUCUGAAGAGGAAUCUUAACGCUGCCAGCAAUCUAUUUGCCGCAUAUAAAUCCAUUGACCUAUACUAUAGACAAAAGAUAUGUUAUGAGUCUGAUAAAUCAUGGAACCAGCAAUAUGACAAGGAGACCCAUGCCCAUGAUGGUCGUAUGCCACAAGCCAAACGAGCACGUCUCGCAGCUUUGCGCAAUAAGAUUUCUUUAUUUGCUUACAAUGCCAUCCGAGACGAGCUCGAUUAUUUGAAUCCCUUGAACACUCUUUAUUGUCGUUGCCCUAUCCGCAUUCAUUUCAACCUUCCUUGUUGCCACCGCAUCCCUCCGAGUGGUGAGAUCCCUUUGUCCUUAGUGCCUCGACGUUGGCAUCUUUUCCCAGAAGAGACUGCAACUGAUUUAGAAAUCAUUGGCAAUGAUUAUGAAUCGCAACACAACGCCAGCGAUAUCAUAGCAAUCACCCAUCCACCUGUAGUCCCAACCAUAUUGGAUCAAAUCAGUGCCGAGUUGUCAAGAAUCGAACAUGUUAGUUACGAGCAUAGCACUGGUCAACAUCACCACCAUAUCCAUCAACAACUUAAACCAAUUCUUGAACAAUUGAAGAAUGUCAAUGAUGAUGGAUGUGUCGACCUUGAACAUCUAUUGCAACCAAAAAGCAAACCCAAUGCCAAAGGCAACACCACCCGCUCUACAAAGCGUGGGCGAAUCGGCUUAGAGAUUCAUCGAGAUCUUGCUAAAAAGAAAGCCAAGGCACUCGCCGGGGUACAAGGAAGUCAAAUGCGGCAAGAAAAGAAACCUGAAAGCCAACCUGAACCUACAUCCGAUCCUUUACCCAAAAGCCAACCAAAGCUGCGAAUCAUACCCAACUUGCAAAUGGUGAUGAGUAACAUCCCUAAGAAGGCUGUUGAAUCAGUGUACAAUCCUGCUGGUGAUGGAAAUUGUGGUUUUCGUGCUCUCGCAUGGGCUAUCUAUGGAAACGAGCAUUUGUAUGAAGAUGUCAAAACCAGGAUGGCCAUCCAGUUUCUAAGCAACAAGCAUACCAUGUACAAGAAGGAUGAUGCACCAAAAAUCGAAGCUGUUCUUGCAAAGGGUUCCGGGAAAUGGUUCAUGGCUCCAGAAUGUGUCCAGAUUGCUGCUGAUACCUUUCAACGACCAAUCGCCUUCUACGGACCACUCACAUAUUUAUACAUACCAUCACGUAUCCCGCCUGCCGAGGCAGCAUCUACUCAUCCCAUCAUCUUGCAGUUGAAAAAUGCGCAUUUCAUACUCAUUACUAUUCCAGAGGAUGUUGCUUUCCAAUGGCCCGAGAUCAGCCCAACACACCCUGGCUUCUCAAAAAGAGGUUCUACCAUAAUGCAAGAUCCAUGGUAUGAGACUUUCUUCCUAUCGUUUGAAUUCGCACAAUCACGUUACCAAGCAAUUCCAGAGCCAAACGAGGAUGAGAAGAUUGUGAUCUCGGAUAGCGACUCAUCUGAUGCUGAAAGUGUCCUUGACCUCACGUGCUAG